AUGUCUAAGGAAAAUCCUAGUAUUAGUACAGACUUUAUCUUACCUGAUAAAGUGCCUUUACCAAAGCCUAUUCCAUUUCCUCAAGCAACUAAUCAAAUAGAUUUAAACAAGAUUUCAAACGGAACCUUUUAUACAGUGCUACAGUUUAUGACAGAUCAUCCUAAUAUUUCUAUAAAAGAAGAAAAAGAGCAAAGUUUUAUAAUGAAUGUUAAUAGGAGUAAAUCUGUUUUAAGCUUACUUGGUAUUAUUGGUGGACUUUGGAGUACCAUUACAGCUCUUUAUAUAUUUUUAUUUGGAUUGGGAUCAAUUUCUCCAUGGGGUUUUAUGCAAAAGAAGCUAUUCAAAAAUAAAUAUAAAGAAAAACUCUUACCGUUUGUGGUUGAUUUACAAUCUGGCGAAUUUGAUACUAAAGAAAAAUCAAACAUCAAAGAAAAUAAAAAUUCCUCAAUGCAAAAACGACUUGAUAACUUAGAAAAAAGAGUUAGACUCUAUGAAAACAUUAUCGAUAUCUCAUUAUUAACUUCUAUUGAAAAAGAUAGUAGCUCUCCUAAUGUGAAUAAUGGAGAGAUGGAUAUAGAUUAA